AUGGAAGAUAUCACAUUAAUUGGAGCUUGCUUUAACACCAGUUGCUCCUCAUACUUUAUAUUGUCGUAUGCUUUGCUUAGAGAUUUCAUUGGCCGGAGAAUUUGUUCUUCCAAGUCACCGGCAGGAUUUAUGAGCCUGGAGCAACUGGAGAUCUAUUGUUCUCUUUAUACCUUCAUCAUACUGUGCCUCGACCUUUACAGCACAAUGAGCAACGCGGAGAGCUCCUCUUCAGGACGCCACUUCCCACCGAUAUUAUCCAGAGAUCAGAUUUCGCCUCUUACCGGAUCCCAUUACUCGCAUCCACCUAACCCCCAGCCAGUAGGUGUACAAAUACUCUGGAAAAUUCGGUCGCUGAAGAAGGAGAAAGCUUACGACAAUCAGUGCAAGCCAGAUGAUCCGGCGAUAGUGGCAUUUGCUUACACGCCCUCCCAAUCAAGUGAUUUUGAACAGUUCUUGUCGCAGCCAUUAGUAAUUUGGAUUAGCGAAUACCGAACCAGCAAGGUGUGCGGUCGAUGCGACUCUGAGACGGUAGCAGUGAACAGUUACCGAAUGUCGUCAGAAAAAGCCACAUGGUGUAUUGAUCGAGGAACCUCCGUCAGCUUCAAGGCAUAUAUUGAGCAUUUCGAACCUUUUGACCAGCGAGCCGCAGAACAGCGAUACGAGUCAAUUUGUCAAAAGCACCUGAAUGGCAAGGCAUUGCAAGACUACAAGAUUUGGACAAAAAGCGUACACUAUGUUCGUUACUGGAUGCAACGCAAAGAAGUCCUUCGCCUUAACAAGAUUGCUCAAGGAUCCGAUAAUUUAAUUGACAUGGUGAAUGAGCAGCGCAUGGUGGCACUCCAAGAACGGGUAGCCGCUGGUAGCAGCAACAGCACUGAACCCGAGAACGACUCAUCAGCAUCUGAAUCAGUAGAACGCACAGUUAGUAGUGAACUCAAGGACGAAUCGCCAAAGCCGGCAUCAGACAAGCACGGAAACCACGCCAAGUACACCCCACCACUUGCCAGUCAUGAGGAAAAUGGGUCCUGGAUUUUCCAAGGCCACAAUAUCACCCAACUGUUUGCAAGAUAUCGUAAUGCUGCAAAAGACCUAAUAAGCCAUCAUUCAACGCUGCCACCGGAGGAUUACUGCAACGAGAUUGCAGCACUUGCCCACAUUCUCGUUUUGAACCAAGACCAACAAAGCACGAUGGCAAUGUCAAUUUUUGGUGAAGAGCUUCUGGACAACUUGACACAUGCAUUGCGGACGGACGCUGUAGAUUACAACAUUGGUUUGCCAGACCCUGUAUAUCUGGAGGUUUCAAAGCUGAUCACUGCGCUGAGCAUGAACAAAACCACGGCCGACGAAGUCACCCUCAAGAUCAUGAUUAUUAGCGCAUCAUUACCCUACGGACAAUGCCGCCUCUUGAGAGGUUUAGCUAAUAUGAUCCAAAAGUUGCCUGUCACACCCGCCGCCAACAACAGCAUCAAGGAACUGAUUCUGUGGAGCACAUUUUACGACCCAAUGAUCUCGUGCCUCCUUGCUGAUCCCGCUCGAAAAGUACAACUCCAUUGGAUUGACACGAUUCCAAAUGAAGGUGGCCAAUCGCGGCCAAACGCAGUGAUUAAGCAGAAACAACAGAGACUCUUUAUACGAUCCCUUGGCUAUGGAGAGGCCAAAACUGAAGGAACAAGCCCGCAUGACAUUUCGGUGGAUUUGAUCCGCCUCGCAGUGUUUAACAAGGAGACCAUUGAUUCGCAUCAAUUGGGGUCGGCUAUCGGUUUUCAAAUUCAUGGUUUUGUCAUUACAUUCUAUCUGUCACAAAUUUUCCCAUCUGGCAUGCAUUCCAUGUUCGAGGUUGCGCGCAUUACCUUUCCACACUCACUAGAGGGAUUGCCCGCGUUCUUCAACCUCCGCAACGUUCACUUGUUACUGGCCAUCCAUGAUAUGUUUCGGCGUCUCUGUGACGUGUCAGGCAACGGCACUAUAAUCGCCAGCCAAAAUCGUUCUACAGCAAGAAACUGGCAAGACUUUGUGGACGGCUACCAAGAUUCCUCGCGUACGCCAUCGCUGCGCAUUGACCUGUAG